UCGAAGCGGACAGCAUGACGAGUGCAGCUCCACCGUCUGUUCAACGUGGUAUUGUUAAACAGGUUCUCUCAGGAGAUGCUGUUGUCAUCCGCGGUCAGCCCAAGGGGGGGCCUCCCCCGGAGAGGACCAUCUGUCUGUCUAAUGUGACAGCCCCCAGGUUAGCCAGGAGGGCCAACCCUAAUCUGGAGGGAUCCCAGGAAACAAAAGAUGAUCCAUAUGCCUGGGAAGCCCGUGAAUUCUUGAGGAAAAAGCUGAUUGGGAGAGAAGUGGUGUUUACUGUGGAAUACAAGGUCCCGGGCACAGGGCGAGAGUAUGGCUGUGUUUAUCUGGGCAAAGAUACAACGGGCGAAAACAUGACUGAAGCUCUAAUAUCAGAAGGCCUGGUGGAAGUCCGAAGGAGUGGCAUUAAACCUGGAGAUGAAAACCAGCGGUUGAUACAACUAGAGGACUCUGCCACAGCAGCUAAGGGGAAGUGGGCAGCAGGAACAGGCAGUGAGCACGUACGAAACAUCACGUGGACUCUGGAAAAUCCACGCAACUUUGUGGAUUCAUUCCAUACCAAACCCAUAGAAGCCGUUAUUGAGCAUGUGCGUGACGGGUGCACUGUACGAGCCUUUCUUCUACCAUCUUUCCACUACGUCACUGUGAUGUUGUCAGGUGUUAAGUGCCCUAUGUUCAAGCUUGAAGGCACAGAACAGGUGGCAGAGCCAUUUGCAGAGGAAGCUAAAUUCUUUACAGAGUCGCGUUUACUGCAGAGAGAUGUCAAGAUCGUUCUUGAGGGUGUGUCCAAUCAGAAUUUAUUGGGAACCGUUCUACAUCCAAAUGGGAAUAUCACAGAGCUGUUGUUGCGGGAAGGAUUUGCGCGAUGUGUGGACUGGAGUAUGGGUGUGGUAUCUCAAGGAGCAGAUAAACUUCGGGCAGCGGAGAGAGUUGCGAAAGAAAAGAAACUUCGCAUAUGGAAGGAUUACAAUCCAACUGUCUCCACAGUUGACAUUAAGGACAAAAACUUCCAAGGAAAUGUAGUGGAAGUUGUCAAUGGGGACUCACUUGUGGUGAAAACAUCCGAAGGAAAAUACCGGAAGAUCUUUUUAGCCAGCAUUCGACCACCAAGAUUACCGGCUGAAAAUCCAGACAAUCCACCCGAGAAGAAAGAGGGAAACAAGAGGUCACGACCUCUCUAUGAUAUACCUUACAUGUUUGAGGCCAGGGAAUUUUUACGGAAAAAACUCAUUGGCAAAAAGGUGAGCGUACAGGUGGACUACAUCCAGCCCCCAGACAAGGGCUUCCCGGAGAGGUCUUGUUGUACGGUCACCAUUGGUGGAAUUAAUGUGGCUGAGGCACUGGUGAGUAAGGGACUGGCGACAGUCUUGAGAUAUCGUCAGGAUGAUGAUCAGAGAUCCUCCCACUAUGACGAUCUGUUAGCCGCUGAAGCCAGAGCCCAGAAGAAAGGUGUCGGUCUUCAUUCCAAGAAAGAACCUCCUAUCCACAGAGUGGCUGAUAUAUCAGGGGAUGUACCCAAGUCCAAACAGUUUCUUCCAUUUUUACAACGUGCUGGGCGCUGUGAGGCAGUGGUAGAGUUUGUGGCUAGCGGCUCCAGACUCAGGCUCUUCAUCCCCAGGGAGACAUGUCUUAUCACAUUCCUUGUUUCAGGUAUUGAUUGCCCUCGUGCUUCACGCCCAGGACCAGGAGGGGUCACGAUGCCUGCAGAACCCUUUGGAGAGGAAGCUCUUGUCUAUACUAAAGAGAACUGUCUACAACGAGAGGUAGAGGUGGAAGUUGAAGCUAUAGACAAGGGAGGCAACUUCAUCGGGUGGCUGUUUGUUGAAGGUUUGAACUUGUCAGUAGGUCUGGUCUCCAAAGGCCUUGCUAAAGUUCACUUCACAGCAGAGCGGAGUUCACACUACAAAACACUGCUGAAUGCGGAGGAGAAAGCUCGGGAAAAGAAGCUGAAUAUUUGGUCAGUGGUUGAUGACGCCCCAAAACAGGAAGUGGUUGUAGAGGAACCCGUUGAAAGGAAAAUCAACUACAGCAAUGUGGUUGUCACAGAGCUCCUGGACGAUCUGCGGUUCUAUGUUCAGUAUGUCGACAAUGGUCCUAAGCUAGAACAGUUAAUGGAGCAGUUGAGAGAAGAGAUGGAGAGUAAUCCUCCACUGCCAGGAGCCUACACCCCUAAGAAGGGAGAACUUUGUGCGGCCAAGUUUGAGGACGGAGAAUGGUACAGGGCUAAAGUUGAAAAAGUGGAAGGUGCUAAAGUGUCUAUCUUUUAUAUAGAUUACGGAAAUAGAGAGAAAACCUCUGCAUCCAAGCUGGCUGUUCUCCCUGCAUCUUUCCACGUACUCCCAGCGCAGGCGCACGAGAUGACGCUUGCCUGCGUUCAACUUCCAGAAGAUGAAGAUGCCAAGAAGGAUGCUUUGGAGGCAUUAAGCACUGAUGUUCUCAACAAGCAGUUGCUGAUGAAUGUGGAGUACAAGAGUAGUUCAGGUGACUGUGUGAGCCUGCUGACCCCAGAAAAGGAGGACAUCGCGCUGGGGCUUGUCUCUGAGGGACUCAUUCUGGUGGAGAACAGGAAGGAGAAGAGACUGGCUAAACUGGUGUCUGAUUACCGUACUGCUCAGGACAGGGCUAAGUCAGCCAGGAUGAACCUCUGGCGUUAUGGAGAUUUUACAGAGGACGACGCCAAGGAAUUUGGCUACCAGCGCUAGUUUCAACUAGCCGGUCUACAUAAGCAGAACCAAGUUGAAGCUAGGAUUUUCAAAUUAAAAAAUUUACACUUCUUGAAGUGGAAAAAUAUAUUAAGGAUAUUUGAAUCAUUUGAUGAGUUAUAUAUCAAAAUAAAAAAAAAGAAAAAAGAGCAUGGUACGCAUGUUUAUGUUUUGGAGUCAGUUAAUAUUUUCCUGUGGAAGGUGAGAACAUUUGUUUGUUAUGAUAAUGUCAUAAUGAGAUUUUUUUUUAUUGUCAUUCAUUUCCUGUGCACUUUAUAUUGGCAUAUCGAAGUACAUGUGGAUUCUCAUACAUAACCUAGGUAGGACUAUAUCAUUUUAUGUGCAGUUUGUAUUUUAUGAGGAAUGUUUAGAGCCCAUUCUGCAUCUUAAGUGUACAAUGACAUAAAAAACUUUAAGAGGCAUUAUCAAAGAGUGAAAGUUAAGCGAAUAUGUGUAGUAUCUGGUGGCAAAAUAUCUUCAUAUGAUGUUUAGAAACUUUACAGGUGAAUGGUCUUAUGUAAUGUAUAUCAUUACGUCAGUUGAUGAUAGUACAGAUUACAAGUUCACCUACACAGUCACAAACUGAGGAUGGGUAGGCCCACACCAGUGUAUAAAGUCCUUUGAAAAUAUGAUGGUCAAAAGUUCAUUUGUUCUCCGCUAUUGCCGUUGAUAGUGGAAAAUUAUUAUCUGACUGGAGCGGGUGCUGGAAUGAUGCAAAGUAUUGACCUUGCUGUUUGACAGUUUUGCACUGAAGAGACCAAUUUCAUUUUUGUCGUCCCAACAUUAUCAUGAAUCAGAGGAAUUCGGCAAGCUCACAGCUCUUUAAUUCUCAUCUUCACCUACAUACCUUGAACAUUGACUGGCUUACUACAUCGUGCAGGGCAACUCAUGAGCAAGGCCAGACUUUCCAAGCACAGUGCUGAUUUCUUUGUUAGAACUAAGUUAAUUUGUAUGGAAAUGUGUGAAUGAACUCUUAAAAAAAAAAAAAAAAAUAAAGAAGAAAAAUAUCCCGGGAAUUUGAAAUUUUUUGAGAAAUGAAAAACGUCUGAUUCCCUGCUCACAGUUUCCUGACAUUUUACAAAGGGGAAAAUGUUAUAUUUUUAUGAAUUCUUUAUUCGUCUAGACAACCUUGUGGGCUGACAUGUAUUUUUUGUAUACAUGUAGAUAAUGUUGAUGAAAUGUUCUUCCCUGCUGGUUGUUAGGGAGUUAUUGAAUGACGAUAGUCACAUCAGAUAGCACUUAUCCUAAACCUUGUCUACAGUGGUUGGAUAUUCAAUGCAAAACUGUUAAAUAAUAAAAAAAAAUAUCACAGUA